CAAGCCGUCACAAUGUAGUCCCUAAUAAAAUAUCAGUCGUGAGCUCGUCGCGAGCUCACUGUGGAUUAGUCUCGAUCAAUCAAUCGAUCGAGGAUACCACGUAAAAUCUCGUGUUCUGUGUCCUUUCGUACUUUCGCGUCAUCAUAUUCUUCAUGGUAUCAGAGCGAAACUCGAUCCCUUGUCUAGGGUUUUGAGCUUUCGCAGUCAAGGCGAAGUCCAGCCCGCCGUCAGUCAGUCUCUCAAGCUACCUUUAUAGUAGCCACCGCCGGUAGUCAACUCAAUGUUGGCGUCUCUCCAACAUCAUCCCGGCGUCCCCUUGAUAGUCAUGGUUGUCGUUGAAGGAAGAGCCGAUAUCGAAUCCAGCCUUCUACUCUCGAUCCAUAUCAUAGUCGGCAAAGUCCUUCCCGCCGUCGAGAACGCAAUCUCUAGUCCGUCGUCGUCGUCAUCAUCCAUUGUGCUCUUGUUGUCAAUCGUCGUCCUUGUCAUGGUUGGUCGUCAUCUCCACCAAUCGAUGAACGACGAGAAUGCUAAGAGGAACGAAGGCGAGAAGGUCUGUCUCGGAUCCAAGUCGUUCAAGCCUCCUCGACGUUCGUCGCGGCAUUGCCUUGCAUCGAGGCACCUUCGCCAUCGUCAUGUUCAGCAGCGAUGAUCUUGCCAUCAAUCGAGUGGGCUUGUCCGUCUCCAGGUCAAAGUUCAUGCUUUCGUCCAUAAAACAGGGUCUGUUUUUUGGGUUUCGUUACUUAAUUAUAGUUCCGACGUCGGCUCACACCAGCGCCCUCACCAUUUCGCCAGUCAGGCAAGACUCCUCGACCACGGAGCUUUCUUCCCGACUUCGCCUUCUGCUAUGGACGUCAAGUUCCAACUUUUGUCCAUCGGCUUUCAAUCCCAGUUUUGUAUUCGUCCAAGCUCCUUGUUCAGCAAUCAGUGCCCAGUAUCGAUUCUGUGUAUGGCUGGAGUUUUUGUUAUUCAACGUCCAUUCUAAAGCUCGUUUGGACAUCACCAGUAAAUUUCACAGGGUCUUCUACCUGUCGUUCUUCCAUAGUUGCUUAUUGACGGAUACUGCUGAAGUUUACAUCCAAUUUCUACUAGAGAAGUCUCAGCCAAUCACUAGCUCUUGUAUUACCACGUGGAUUGGGGUGGCAGUCACUGUAAAGAUGCAGUCUCGAUCAAAGAAGCGAUUUUGUCCCCUCUGCUUUCAGCAUCGGUCAAUUUUGUUUCAUCGCCAUUCUAACUUUCAAGCUGGGCAUUCAUUUCGUUCAUGGUCCAGCUUGAGGGGGGGAGGGGGGGAAUAGGAGGUCAACAUACGUCGGUCGACUAGCUCAGUCAUCAAGUCGACCAUGUCUAUCUAUCCAUCAGAAAGUUCAAGAGACGCAGUCAACCGUCUCCGUCACGACGUUCAAGAAGACGCAGUCAACCGUCUUCGUCAGGUUGUUCAAAGAGAGAGUCAUUCAUCUCCAGAUCAAUCUCAUCCAAGAUGUCAAGGAAUUUCGCCAUGCUGAGUUCACUGUCAAAAGAACUGGGUCAAGCGUGGAGUAGUUUCGUCAUCAGUCUUCCUCGCCUGUAACUGAGUCAUGUCACAAGAAGAGGUUGUUUGUUUAUUGUACAAGCUCAUCAUACUUGUUCUUCACAUUUUCCUUUCAAGCUCGACAUUCUUGUCAUUCAUGUCUUCGCUUGAGGGGGAGUGUUGAGGAUAUUAAUUACUUAGUCAAAAAGUAAUUAAUUCUUUGUCCUCCAAGUCCCUUGUUUCCUUGUCCUGGCCUGGUAAAAGAAGGAAACUUGGUUGUCAUUAGGGUUUUAACCCUAGUAUAUCUCUAUAUAAGACUUAGCUAUGAACCUGUCGUAAGCAAGCCGUCACAAUGUAGUCCCUAAUAAAAUAUCAGUCAUGAGCUCGUUCCGAACUCACCGUGAAUUAGUCUCGAUCAAUCGAUCGAGAAUACCAUAUAAAUUCUCGUGUUCUGUGUUCUUUGUACUUCCGCAUCAUCAAAUUCUUCAAUUCUGGCUACGUCCCUGCAAUCGAACCCCUUUCUUCUUCCUCCUCUACUUUCUUCUAUCCUGAGUUAUCUCUUUUAUUCCCUAAUCUAUCCUCAAUUCCUUCUAAAUCUCUAAUCAGAAUCAUAUUCCCAAUCAUAUAACCCAAUAAAAAACGCCUUUGAUAUAUAUUCGUGUUUCCAUCAAUAAUCAACAUAAUACAUACGCUAAAUUACUAUGUGCUUGUAAGUUGAUGAAUUAUCAAUAACCAUCAAGUUGGUUGUUUGGCGGCAGGGGCGGAUACAGAGAGGUUUAGGGGUGUUCCGGGGCACCCCUAAAAUUUGAAAAAACGAUUAUCCAACUUUCGAUAGUAGUUUGUGUAUGGGUAAAAAAAUAUUAGUGAUAGUGGAACACUCAUUAAAUAUGGAAAAUAAUUAAUCAACCUCCUAUAGUAUUUUGCAUAUGGGUACAAAAUAAUAUUUAAGUUAUAGGGUCUAUGUGAUUUGAACUUGGGAACACUGCUACUAUUAGUAAAUAUAGUUUCAAUUAGACUACAACUCAUUUGUAGUUAUAUUUUAGAUAAAAAUAUAAUAGUAAAAGGCUAUUCUUAUC